GGUUUCUCAAGACCUUUUUAUACGACAUUCAGGAAGUCCCUGCUUCCCUUCUGUGGUUUCCCAGAUUUGGAUUUUAUUUAAAACACACACACAAAUUGCCGCAUUACUUGCGGGUGAAGAGGAGGGUGAAGAGGAGGGAGACGGAGACCGCGUGUUGGUUUUAAUGAGACGACCUCCCGCCGUGGACUUGUUAAAGCUGCUGUGUUGGCGCUGCGGCGCGUGACGGGUCCGUCUAUCACUGAACUAACAGAACCCCGGCCGAGCCGCACGAUGAACCUGCCGUCCAGAGAGGAGGUCCGAGGGUGGGACCAGGCGCGAGUCGCCUUCUUUCUGAGCCGGAACAAAAUGCAUGAAUGUGCAGCUGUCGCCGUCAGACUAAGAAUUAAUGGACAAAGACUUCUGAGCCUCUCCGACAGCGACCUGAGCCACUUCAGUCUCAUCCACCGGCCGCAGCUUCAGAAGAUGGUCCAGGACAUCCGGAGGACUGACAGCAGCUUGCUGAACAAACUGAGGAGGCUGAAGAGCAAGCAGCUUCCUAAAGUGCCGGCGAGAGAUUACGGAGACGGCAGGGAGGACGGGGACCUGUCCGAUCCGGACGACGACCGCGAGGCGUACGAGGAUCCCCGCGAGGACCACGACCAGAGCUACGAGCCGCCGCCCGGCCACAGGGCCUUCGGCGCGACCUCCGCCCCCGUCUCCGGGGGGGAGUAUCUCGACAGCCACGGUCCCUGCCGGCCGCCCAGGAAGCCCCUCCACCGGGGAAAGGACUCCAAGCAACUGCCCCCCGAACCCCCUCAGCAGGAGAGCGAUGAAGAGGACUACGUCGAUCCCGACUGCGACGACGACGACGACGACGACGACGACGACUACGUGGAGCCGGCGGGGAACCCGUCCUCCAAUCCCGUGAUGCAUUGUGGGGGCAGAGCAGGGAGGGAGCGUCCCACGUUGCACACACCUGUACCAGAGCGUCCACCCGGUCCAGACUUUUAUGAAGUUCCCGACAAAGAGGGAAACUCGUUAUCUCUUCCAGCCAGCAGACUGGGUCCGAGCCCCGCGACGCAGUACCACGCUCUGCCACCGCGGCCGAGCCCCAGAGGCGACACGAGGAGAUCUCCCACUGCGACCCGGGAGCCUUCGGAGGACGACGAGUAUGAAGUCUGUUAUCCGGGGGACCGUUCCGGUGAGGAACCUGCAGACGGACCUUCUCCACCAAAACCUUUGCCCAGAGACAGGUCACCAAAACCACCGAGGCCAGAUUUCAAACCUAGGGAAUUUGAGUGCCGAACGCUGCCGCCGAUCAGGAUGGAGCAGAAGUUCCCGCCUAAAGCGUUCCCGCCUAAUGCGUUCCCGCCUAAAGCGUUCCCGCUGGACACGAAGCUGCUAAAGAUUCCUCUCCCACAGCUGACCCCCCCCAGACCGGCCGACAGAGGAAGCGUGCCUCCUGAGAACGGGUCUCUGGACCAGGACCAGGCGGGCUCUCAUGAAGCAGAACAAACGACCCGGCCGGCCACAAGUCGUCCUCUCCACUCGCCGCCGUGUCAGGACGCCGACAUCGAGAAGAAGCCCUGGUACGCCGGCGCCUGCGACCGCAAGACCGCCGACGACGCCUUGUGUCGCUGCAGCAGGGCCGGGGCGUUCAUGGUGAGGAAGAGCUCCGGGCAGGACGCUCUGCAGCCGUACACGCUGGUGGUGUUCUACAAGGACCGCGUGUACAACGUCCCCAUCCGCUUCAUCGCGGCCACGCGGCGCUACGCUCUGGGGCGAGAGAAGAAGGGCGAGGAGCAUUUCAGCAGCGUCUGCCACAUCAUCGAGAACCACCAGAGGACGCCACUGGUGCUGAUCGACAGCCAGAGCAACGCCAAGGACGCCACCAAGCUGUGCUUCCCCGCGAGGCCCUAGAAUGGCCCCAGGCCCUAGAUUGGCCCUGGAUUGUCAUUAAAUUGGCACUAGAUUGGCUUUAGAUUGUCUCUAUUGACCCUCAAUUAGCCCCAGAUUGACCCUCAAUUAGCCCCAGAUUGACCCCUCAAUUAGCCCCAGAUUGGCCCAACAUUGACCCUCAAUUGGCCCAAGAUUGACCCCAGAAUUACCUUUAAUUGGCCCUAGAUUGUCUCUAGAUUGACCCUCAAUUAGUCCCCUUAAUUGGCCCGAUUGACCCCUCAAUUGGCCCCAGAUUGACCCCAGAAUUACCUUUAAUUGGCCCUAGAUUGUUCCUCACCAAAGCACUGUGCAGAUCUAGAGCCGAAGUAGAGACGACAAAGCAGAUUUGUUUCUUAUUUUUAAUGCCCAGUCAGUAAAAAGUGUGUGAAAGUAAAUCCAACGGAAGGAGACGGCAUUGCUGAAGCUGAAAGAAGCUGGUCGAAUAUUUUAUUUAAUACGUUUGGUUGAGCCCAAAAACACACGUUUGUAUAUUUUUGUUUUAUUAAAAAAAGAAUUUGUUUUCAACAUC